AAAGUGUAAACAUGAAGAAUGAUUUGCGGCACGUGUAAUAUCAACUUGUAGGAGUUCGCCCGCGCAAAAUUGCAGAUGCCAAAUAGCGACGCUUGAAGCAUGCCACCGAUCUCAGCUAAAAGUCUUUUACGGUAGCUCGCACCUAAGAGUUUGCUAUCGUUUUACAACUUUCCUCUAAGGUUGACCUCGAUUCUUAAAAAAAAAGAUGUUGACUCCAGCAUUCGAGCUCCGACAAGACAACUCCUUUCUCAUCAUUGAGAUCAAAGCACCGUAUUCUAAGAUUUCGGACGCCGAAAUAUACUUUCAUGACGAAGACUUCAAGUUCUACUCGAAGCCCUACUACCUCAGGUUAAACCUUCCUGGAAAGGUGAUCGAGAAUGGGAACGAGUCGGCAAAGUAUGAGACUGACAAUGGUACCUUUGUCAUCAACAUGCCCAAGCAAUAUCCUGGCGAGGUCUUCACGGGCCUUGACCUCUUGACAAAGCUCCUGGCUCCAAAUCCAAAGCCGUCCACUUCGACGCCUCUGAUUGAAGUUGUCGGAAACGAAGAAGCAGGCCUGACGGCUGGCGAUGCGCCAGACGAAGAGUUUGACUGGCAGGUGGAACAGACGCCAUGGACAGCAGACGACGAAGCGUCCCUGUUGCAGGGAAGCACGCGGAAGUAUGGCUUUGACAGGCAGCGGACAGGGGUCAUCGCCAGGGUGAAGGAGGAACUUCCAGACAUUGUGGACAUUGUGGAUCCUGAGCACAAGAGCGUGCGGAUCGCCAGGGAAGAGAGGCUGGCCAUGGAAGCGGAGCACUUUAGCGACGAGCACUACUUGGCUGACCUUUACGAACCUGCGGCUGUUGAGGGGAUCCUCGCGUACACCGCUCCGUGGUCCAACCUGGCCUCUCGGCUCGGCGACACCAACGACCCGGCUGCAGGCGACGCCCCUUUUCAGUUCACGGAAGACGAGAAGACCAAGAUGAGGAAUCUCCCGCGCAAGGAAUAUCUUCUUGACAAGCAGACGGAAGCCUCUCUUCUGUUGGGGUUGGUGGACAUCUUGUUUGCUUACGCCUACAACGUUCGGGUCACGGAGGGCGACAACAACGUGGAGUCUGGCUGGACCGUGAGCAAACUGAGCGCCACCCUCUCCUGGUUUGAGGAAUUCUGGUCCCUGGAGCAGACGGUACGCUGUUGUGUCCGGCGGAGUUUGGUCUACCCCUUGCAUCGCCACUGGGCACUCUCGCGUGCCGUGGUCACCGACGUCGGACAGAUUCUGCGAUUGGGACCAAGGUACGUCCUGAGAUGCCUGCUGGACGUCCACAGCAUGUUCAACAAACACGACUCCCGCUACGUCCUCAACGACCUCUACGUGACGGACUAUGCUGUCUGGGUGCAGUCCGUCAAACCUAAAGUGCUGCAUUCCUUGGCAGAUGCCCUGAAGCAGGUGAAGGUCCACAAAGAAGACGUGGGACUCGACCUAUCCGAGCUUGAGUCCGGAGCACUUCUCGCCGUCCAAGAGGCAUCUGCCGAAACAUCCGUCUCCGUGAACGCCGUCGAAGCCUCCAUGGGGGCGCUGUGCAUCUCCAAUCCGUUGGCUACGGCUUUGGAUCCGCAGUUCAGCGGACCGGCAGUCGCCAAGCCCGCUUCCGCGGGAGCGCAGAAGCAGACGGAUGUGACGACAGACUCCAGUUCGACGGACAGCGACGACAGCAGCAGUUCGUGUUCGAGUGACUCGACGGGUUGUUCGGACUCGACCUUGGAUUCCGACGACGAGUUGGACCACACCGACUCUGACGACGAAGAGAGCGACUCGGAGUCCGACGGUGUGGACCAGUGCCUGCUCUUCGUGAAAGAUCCGGAGCCGGAAAAACGGCGCUGAUUUCGGGCAAACUACGGUGUCUAGAAUGUGUCUCCGACCAGUGUGUUUACCGCAUAAAAAAAAAAGAAAGCGAUCCUUAGAUUUCUCGUGACGUCAUUUGUUGCGACGUCGGGACCACACGCUGUUCGGAGACGCGUUUGAGGCACCGUACUCGAACUGCCUCGUACUCCUUCGGUGCCUUUCAAACUUUGUCAUGGUGGGGUGUGAAGGCCCGUCCACACCAUACCGUUUUCUUACGUCUCCUUAAGGGCUGUCCAAACAAGACGCGUUCUUUGCAUUCACGGCGUUUGCUGUACCAGGAGUGGAGGCCUUCGUUCAAUUACGAUCCAAUUGGUCGCAUUUUUUCUCUUUGCCGGGGGGAAAGCUUCCCUACGCUUGCGUUCUUGGACGGAGGCUUAGAGUGUGCUCAUCACGUAGACUUGGAUAGCCACUCCCACACACUGCUGGCUGUCGUGACGUCGUCCACUGUUUUGUUAGUUCCCAACCUCCCAAAAACAAGGAAGGGGAGGAGACGAGGAGGAGGAGGAACGUUUGGCUGUUUGUGUGGUUGAUGUCCUUGCUGAAAACAUACUUGCACGCUGGAAGUUUCGCAGCGCAUCUGUUUUUUUUUUUUUUCUGUGUGCUGCAUCUGCUGCGACCUGUUUGGACAGCCCCUUACAUUGAGCUACGACUGUGAGUCGCAGUGAAGCAUGCUUUGUAGGAAGUGUGGCAACCAAUUCAAGGAGUAGCUUUGCGCGCAACAAACGAAGCACAGACGUCACUGUGACUUGCAACGUAAUAUAAGAAGACGUAAGCAAGCGCCAUUGCGUGAACGUGCCUUAACGUGGGGGUAUUUAUUACGGUGACCUCGAAGAUCAUUCCCGACGGAAAGUUUUACUGCCUUUCUCAUUCUCUUGCGUAUCCCGGGAGUGGGCCUGUAUGCAUGUUUAACUUGCAUCUGAGGAGAACACAACUGCUAAUAAUCUGCUAUGUUUUAAAAAACAUGGAGUGUCUAGAUCAAGUUUGCAUUCCUAGAAGACGAACUCCAAAACUUCUUCGAUGCACCUUCAUCGACACAUCAAUCUCGGUCAACUUCACAUCUGCACGAGAUUAUCUGGAAGCGGUUUGUGCAAACGAAACGCAUGAUAGUGCCAUACUUGGUACAUUACCUUAAAUGAUAAGAUGGCGGUCUUAGGCCUGGGCACGUACAAGCUUAUCAGUAUCACUGGUGAAGGGAUUGAUGAUAGCCGGUGUAAAGCGUGACUGCUUUACACCGGCGAUGUAAAGCAGUCGCGCAAAACGACUAGAUCGCAUCACAAAAAAAUCACAUGGUCACACUGGCAUGCGCUUCUUGAGAACUCCACUCCAAACGCUGCCGAUUGGCUCGGCCGCUCCGCAACCAGGUCGCAUCGCAGAAAGUCGGGUAAGCUCGCGACUGCUCAAUUUGCGUCGCUUUUUUUCCGUGAUGGUCGCUUUUGCGAUGAAAGUUGUCGCGCGAAUAGAUCAUAUCGCGAGUGUGAACGUGCCUUAAAGGCCGACGACCAGACACGCGAUUCUGCAAGGCAGAAUAUCCUCCUCACCCUAGGGAAGGAGGAAACGGGCAACAGCGGACAGGGUAGAAGGGGGGAAGAGGAGGAAGUGGGGGAAAAGUGGAAAGCGUGAACUGGUCGUCGGUUUUUAAGGGAACCAUCGAUCCCUAGUAUUUAAUACUGGAACCAUAUUUACACUAGCGCCAGCACCAGCACUUUACUUUUUCACUGCUCGGUGUUGCGAACCGUCCUCUUCAAAACGUCACGAAUUUGUACCAAAAGUUAGCAGACAACGCGCCAUAAUCAUCAAUGUACCGAUAGGACCUAGAUUGGGUGUCUCGGGGUUUACAUUUGUCUGCCGUGAUCCAAAGAAAUUGCUUUGCACUGAGGUGCAAGGCUUUGUUUUUUUGCAACAUGUAAACUAUCUUCGUAGUUUACAUGCUGAUGCAAGCACAUCUGCUAUUGUACUUAGUAUAGCAGGUGCGCGUGCAUCAUGAAGCGUUUGGAAUGUUCUUGCACUGUGCACAGCUCUUGGAGCCAUAUUGCACGAGUCAGUUUGUCAGCCUGGAUGAUUGAUUACGUGGAAGGCAGCCAUAUUGUUGGACCUUCCUACUUCAAGACCAGGAGGAUGUGUAUAGGUGUUUUUCCUUUUUUUUUUUUUAAAUGCUCACCAGGAGUUGAAAUAAAGACAUUUUUGUACUAA